UGCGCCUUGACACUCUCUCUGAUCUCCUGCGGUAGCCAGUCUAGGCCGACCGCGUCUCAGCUGGAUGGAAACAUGUCUGAUCGGACGCUAUAUCUAGCAUCUCAUUGUGCCAUGCUUGACCUUGGAGCGCCCCUUGGGUCGUGGCCGGAAGACCACGUCGUCCCGCUGGACAUUCUACAGAUUCUUCAGCAAAGCCCCGACGUCUAUGUCUACACAUUCAAAGGGCAGACCAGGACACUCGUCUGCAAGGAGCUCGUCAAACCCAGUCUUCCGCCUCUUGUGCGAGAGAUAUCCAUCGUCAAUCAAGCAGGAGACUGCAGCGUCCCUUAUGUCGGCCGCUACUUUCUGAAACCACACGGUGAACUUCUGGGGCUGAUCAUGUCAUACGAAUCCGUCGUGAUCCCCUCCGCCAUCGAGACUCGCGCGGAACGCAUUCGAACGAUCCAUGAGCUAUGUGAUCUGGUAGAGCGCUUCCACGCCAGGGGUCUCGUACAUGGGGAUAUUAAACCCGACAACCUGCUGCGCUGCUCGGACGGUUCCCUCCGCUUCUGCGACUUCGGCACCUCCUGCGUCGCAGGAGACACUUAUCUGACUCCCGGGCCCACGAUGGGAUACACCACCGCUGCCCGAUCGCGCGCGACGACGGAGAUGCCGACGACCAGGGAGGAGGACUAUCAUUCUCUUGCGAUGACCAUCUGGCAGCUGUUUACUGGAGGCACCGACUUCUGGAUCCGGGAUCUGCACUUCAAGGGCGACGAAGACUUUGAUGCGUACGAUGCAGCACAGGAUGCCUUGAAGCUUGGGCGUCGGCCCGACAUGACUCGCAUCGACGACCCCGACAUAGCUAAGCUCAUUCUCAAGUACCUGGAUUUGGGCCCUCCGGUCGAAGACGCAGAAAUCCGAACGUGGUCGAUGUGCUACGAGAAGACGUAUCGUCUCCGGGACUGCCGGUGUGUCCCAGAGUGCACUACGACUCUCAAAAUCACCUGCAUGUGCUGUGAGCAGGCCCAGCCUGCUUCCCCGGCAAUAUGCCCGCGAUUGUAUGUCGAGCCGUUCGUCCGUGAUCCCACGAAAGAGGUGAAUACCGCGUGCAACGUCAAUGUCCCGGCACCAGCGGCAGUUUAACGAGUUGGAGGUCCUCAACGCGCCAGGAAACUAUUUGUAGAUCAGAUCAAAGGCUUGCAGAGCACCCGAUGCCGGCGUGCAUGUCGCCAUCCAGCCUGGCACAUUGUCUGGCCCUAUAGUUGGUCGAUUUGCGUCCUGAGUUGUAACAAAUGGAUGUCGGCUGGGCUGUUGUAAGGUCGGAGAUCCACGAGACUUGAAGCCAGACGCCCUCAGACGGUGCUUAAAUGAGCCAUCGGGAUGUAGCACCCGAUAGAUCUGCCUCGUUCAGCGCAGCAGAGCACCACAGAGUCAUAUCCACGGACAUGAGAGGUCCACCAUAUGCUCAGCAGCGCAUGGAUUGAGGAAGGCAAAGGCAGCCCGAAUUGUCUCUAGAUGCUAGCAGGCGUCACCAGCAGCUUGAAAGAAGGUACAAUGGCCACCGCGUGCAAUUGACUGGUGAGAUUUCCAGGCACUUGCCGGUAUUGCCUUGCUUGUCAAGGCUUCUCCACACUUCUUAUGAUUCGCUCUUUUCGAUGACCUCAUUGUUCCGAUCAUUCUCGCCCAUUAUCUUCCGUGGGCCUCUGUGACUGUCGCUUCGCGUCCAGUGUUCUUCUCCAGUCCUAGACACGCGCCCGUUUCGCUCUGCACCUGAGGAGAUAGCACUUGGGCUCUAAUCGGCAACCAUCCAGGCAAGCCACCGCGGCAAGUCUUCUCAUAUUGGAACUCGGUGUGAAGGCUGCAAUCGAUAUGAGUCAUCCGGGGUCGAAGAGCGAAACGGUGUCAUAAAUGGCAGUGCGAUAGGCCAACUCUUCAACGAUGUGUCCUACCUUUCACUUCAACACGACCGCCGAGGACGUUGCGACGGCAUUCGCAGAACAGAUCCAAGGCAAAAACGUUCUCGUCACCGGGACGUCGCUCAAUGGCAUAGGGUUCGAGACUGCGCGCGCCGUGGCGAAAUAUGCAAAUCUAGUAAUCGUCACAGGAUACAACAAGGAGCGGCUUGGGCUGACUCAAACCGAACUCCAGAAGGACGGCCCUCACGCCGAAAUCCGACCACUCGUCCUGGACCUCGCCUCGCUCAAAGACGUGCGCAGGGCGGCUGCCGAAGUCAAUGCCUAUGCUGAACCGAUCCAAGUCCUGAUCAACAACGCAGUCGCCGCUAUCGCGGGAUUCAAGCUGAGCGCAGACGGGUUCGAGAAUCAACUCGCAAUCGACCAUCUGGGCCCAUUCCUCUUCACCGCUCUCAUUUCUCCAAAGCUCCUGGCCGCACGGACCGAGACCUUUACCCCGCGGGUCGUAUUCGUGUCCAGCCUGGCGCAUCUUCUCGGGGCUGUGAACCUUGAGACCUGGGGUAUACCCGACCAGGCAUCAUACGAUUUAAUGGGCGCCUAUGCCCAAGCAAAGACGGCCAACAUCCUCACUGCUGCCGAGCUCUCGCGUCGGUCCAAAGGGGCAAUCAAGAGCUACAGUCUGCAUCCAGGGAAAAUCGCUGAGAAACGGAAGGAGUUCGGUAUCCUCCUCCCUGAUGGCUCACCCAGCCUCGAGAAGUAUCAUUGGAAGUCGAUCCCGGAGGGCUCCGCGACGACGGUUGCGGCUGCGUUUCUGGAUGAUUCGAAAGUGGCGAACCACAAGCUCUCGACGCAGGCUGCUGAUCCUGCUAUUGCGGCCAGGCUGUGGGAUGUCACGGAGGAGCUCGUCGGUUUCAAGUUUACCUUGUGAAACCCAUUGAAACUCUGUCUUGGCAUGUGCAAAUAGCAGUGGUCUCGGUUUCACUUUGUAAGAUGUAGCAAAUGUAUUAUGGAAUCGACGGAGUAAGGCAUUCUGUCGGGGAACACGACGCUUUCUAGUAACUUGUUGUACAUGAUGAUUACUAGUCACUUCGAUCACGGUGAUGUCAUGACGUCUGCAUGUUACUCUACAAAACCCAUCUCAAUACAAAAUCUGUCUCACCAUCACUCGUCCGACAUGGCCAGUCUUGACCUUACCGCUCCCUUUGGCGCAUGGCCAGAAGACACGCCAUUCCCUUUGGAGUCGUGCGAAGUGCUCAAGAACUCUAAAGAGAUCUGUGUCGUCAAAUUCUCCGGAAAGACGACCUCACUAGUGUGCAAAGAGCCGACAGAUCCUGAUUUCUCUUCCAUGGCGCGCGAAAUUCAGAUUGUGCGUCAAGCGGGCGACUGCAGCGUGCGUUACCUCGGCCGCUACAUGUACCAGCCUCGGCAAGUACUUAUGGGGCUCGUCAUGUCCUUCGAGACGGUGAUCAUCCCUUCCGCCAUCGAGACUCGGGUGCAGCGUGUGGCCAUCAUCCACGAACUUUGCGACCUGGUCGACAGAUUCCAUGCGCGAGGUCUGGUGCACGGAGACAUCAAGCCCGACAAUCUCCUGCGCUGCGCGGAUGGCACUCUCCGCUUUUGUGACUUUGGCAACUCGUGCUUUGCUGGGGAUGGCUAUUUGACGACCGGGCCGACAAUGAGCUAUGAGACUGCAAACCGGCACCGUGCAAUGCAGAAGCUGCCACCGACCCGGGAGGAGGACUACCAUUCUGUUGCUAUGUCUGCCUGGGAGAUCUACACCGGCGGAAACGACUUUUGGAUCAAGGGCAUGCAUUUCCGCGGGGGUGCGAGUGACGACCACACCUUCGACGUGGUGGAGGACGCUCUGAAGCUUGGCCGGCGACCCGACAUGGCUCGCAUCGAUGACCCCGACAUAGCGCAGCUCAUUCUCAAGUACCUGGAUCUGGGGCCUCCGGUUGAGGACGCGCCCAUUCAGACACGAGCCAUGUGCUACCGAAAGUCGUAUCGUCUCCGAGGAUGCCAGUGUGUGCCUGAAUGUACGACCACUCUCUACUUCACUUGCCUUGCUUGCAAAGAAAGCGGAUCGGAACCCGUAGCAUGUCCACGACUGUAUGUCGAGCCAUUUGUCAGAGCUCCAACAUCAAGCACACCGUGGUGCUCGUAUCACGAUCUUGGAGGAGAUAACCGAUUCUCAAGACUACCCCUAGUUAGUGAGGAUAUGAUGCCAGGAACGAUAGACGCGGUUUGAGGGCAGAAAAGUCGGAUACCAAGGAAGAAUAGAAGCUUUGUACUCUGAGAAAACAAGUAAGGCAGGACCCUGAG